CUUUCAACAUAAAACCGAUACGAUGAUACGAUACGAGGAAAAAUAAAAUUAAAUUCAUGAUUAUAUAUAUUUUUCCAUACAUAUAAAGAUUCUAACACAUCAAUCUAUCCUUUCAUAUGAAAUGAACACAAACACAAAAGCCAUUUGAGAAAUUGCUUGCCGCCAUAAAAAUCCACCCCACUUCACUCCACUAUUAACAUACACACAUAAAAGAUACCUAAUUUGAAAACCUAGUUUAAGACCAAUGGCUUCUGGGCAACUGAAUAAUACUCUUCUAUUUAAUGGACUGGCAACCGAAAGUGGUGAAUGGACCAAAACAAAGUUAAAGAAAGGGUCUUUUCCAGAAACACUAUCAGUCAGAGUUCGUGAUUCAUUAUAUUUAAACAAACGGAGGAGGUUGAGAUAUUCAGCAGAUGUUGUAGGACAUUGUUCCCCAGUUUUAUCAAAGAUGAUGUUAUAUUCUUCAGUUAUUCAUAAGAGAAAGCAUGCUUCUUCCACAAUAAAAGGGCGUGUAAACUCAGAUUCUAGUGUGCGUUCUUCUGAAGUGGAAGAGAGUAUUGUAACAGAAGAGAACGAUGUCUCUAACCUGAAAGAAAUAUAUCCGGACCUGAUUCGUGUUGGUUCAACAGAGGAUCAAGAAGCAAUUGAGAUAUCACGUUCUAAAAAUAUUAAAAAGGAGCUUAUUGGACUAUCACUUCCAGCACUUGCUGGGCAAGCUAUUGAACCAAUGGCCCAGUUAAUGGAGACAGCUUAUAUUGGAAGAUUGGGCCCUGUGCAGUUGGCUUCUGCUGGUGUCUCCAUUUCGAUCUUCAAUAUUGUUUCCAAACUAUUUAACAUUCCUCUCCUUAGUGUUUCUACUUCUUUUGUGGCGGAGGAUAUUGCAAAAAACUCCAGUGUCACUAAAGACGCAAAUGGAAAUGGCCAUGUUGUAGCAGAAAGGAAACAGCUAGCUUCCGUCUCUACAGCUUUGCUUUUGGCUGUUGGCAUUGGUAUAUUUGAGGGUUUGGCAUUAUAUUUCGGAUCAGGGGUGUUUCUUAAUCUCAUGGGUAUACCAUCGGCUUCUUCGAUGCAUGCUCCAGCUCAACAAUUUCUUUCUCUUAGAGCCCUGGGUGCUCCUGCCGUUGUGCUUUCUUUAGCUCUUCAGGGUGUUUUCCGUGGUUUUAAGGACACAAAGACUCCAGUAUUAUGUUUAGGCAUUGGUAAUUGUUCAGCAAUUUUUUGGUUUCCCAUUCUUAUGUACUACUUCAAGUUAGGUGUGAGUGGAGCAGCAAUUUCUUCUGUUAUCUCACAGUACAUGGUCACAUUUUUAAUGAUAUGGCAUCUUAAUAAAAGAGCUGUAUUACUGCCUCCGAGGCCUGGAGCACUACAAUUUGGUGGCUAUAUGAAAUCUGGGGGUUUUCUCCUGGGAAGAACUCUUGCAGUACUUACGACAACCACCCUGGGAACAUCAAUGGCUGCUCGGCAAGGUCCUAUAGCUAUGGCUGCUCACCAGAUAUGUUUGCAAGUAUGGUUGGCUGUUUCUCUUAUAACAGAUGCACUUGCAGCGUCAGGUCAGGCAUUGAUUGCUAGUUCAGUUUCAGAAGGGGACUACAGAUCUGUGAAGGAUAUCACAUACUUAGUUUUGAAGAUUGGUUUAGUGACAGGUAUUUCUUUGGCCGCGAUAUUGGGCUUAUCCUUUGGUUCUAUAGCUGCUAUGUUUACGAAGGACUCUGAAGUAUUAAGAAUUGCUAGGACCGGGGUUUUGUUUGUGAGUGCUAGCCAGCCAUUGAAUGCUUUGGCUUUUAUCGUUGAUGGAUUGCAUUAUGGAGUUUCAGACUUCCCUUACGCAGCUUAUUCCAUGAUGCUUGUGGGGUUCCUAUCAUCUGCGUUUCUUUUCUAUGCUCCUCCUUCUUUUGGUCUAUAUGGUGUUUGGGCAGGUUUGACCCUAUUCAUGGGAUUGCGAAUGGUGGCAGGAUUGAUCAGAUUAUCAACCAAGAAUGGCCCAUGGUGGUUUCUGCAUCAGGAUUUAAAUAGAUCUAAGCUUACUCAUUAGAAGGAAUUUGGAAAUAACAUGGAUCUGAUGAAAUAACACACAAUCUUUACUACUGAUAUACGUUCUGACUGAUGUAGAGUAAGCUGGAGAAAGCAUUUGGAUGGACAGUAUAUGGUUAAAGCAACUAGCGUCGUUCAUUUUACCGUGGGAUUUUUAUGUUAGCAUUUGAUGUUAAUAAUAAUUGUAAAUAAACCUAGUUUAGAUAUUUCUUUGGUUUUCAAUUAAGGAAUGAUAUAAGUUUCAAAUAAAGCUGGCUUGUGACGGUCUUUGAUAUGUUAAGGCAAAUUUACAUAGCUGGAUAUUAUGUUAUAGAUGGAUUGAUACGGCUUAUUA